AUGGAUACUUCAUCCGUGCCUGGAGAUGAGGAUGUCUCCGGACAUCACUUUGUCAAAGCCGAUGAGGUUGACCAGACGGGGACCGACAUAUCCCCGGUCUCUGACGACCAACUAAUGGCCGAGGUGGCUGAAGGUCUCAAAGAAGAAGCUUCCCAAGUACUCAAGGACCAAACAGAGAGCGGGUCUUCACCUGGGAAUGUCCAAACGGCACCAGCCUCGCGCCCUGAGUUGCGUCGUGAUUCCGCGGCUCCUCCACCUCCGCUGCAGCCACCACCACCGGCACCCGUCCAGCAAAGCAGGGAGGAACGUACAGACUCUCUGAGUCUGGGCCAGUUGAGGCGUAUUGUGCAGGAGCUGCCGAAGAUUGAACAGCCCGCAUAUGCUUUCAAAUAUGCGGACUCUCAGCCGUUCCCAGAUGAACUGGACGAGUGGUUUCAAUAUAGUGAGCCCGACCGAAUCAUGCUCCUGGGAACAAAAGUGUCUUUCGAGUAUAACUGGAAGUCUUUUUGUGCACGCAACUGUUCAUCGCCAGGGGAAAUCUCCUGGUUAUCUGCCAGUCGCGAUCUUCGCAAAUCUUUCAUAAAGCAGAUGCUCGAUGGCUUUCACAAUUCUGAUCUAUUUGCCCGCAUUGAAUCUCUGGAGGCCGUCUGCUACGCCAUGCUAGGGGUAUGGGGACUCACGGCCGGAAGAGUCGCAGAUGAUUAUCCUGAGGAGCCUACUCCCCAUGAAGCUGCUGAAACACCGAGAACGAAGUCAAUGCAAAUCAAAUGGGUCGAAGAAAACGUUCUGCUCGUUGAAGAAUGCAAUGGUAUACCUGCUCUAUAUGAGUACAUGAGAAAGGUCUUUGACAAGGAUAAGACCUCCACUCUUGGUGUUGAUGUCAAUGAUGUGGACAAUGAGAACAGCACAUCAGCGUACUUUGCUGCUCAGGAACGUGAGAGCAACCUAGUCCUCACGGCGCUUUAUCUUGUCGUUGAGGUAGGUCGCCGGCUAGAAAUUUCCAAUCCACAGCAGACAACCCUACGAAAAGCCAUCGCAGACUUGACACCAAAUCUCCUGGUUUUUCUGGUUGAGAUUAUUUCCCGGUUACGAUGGGAUGAUUCAAUGAGUAUCCCUCUUACAAGGACAAUUCUUCUGUUCUGGAAGUCCUUACUACUUCUCUUUGGCGGCAGCCAGAGCUUGGAGAGAGCGAAAGAAGUCCUAGAACCACCGCUGGACGCAGCGAAUGAUGGGUCACAUUUGCCUUUUCUUACCGCUUCUCCUCUCGACUAUCACUCCUUCCGUCAGGAGAUUACUUCUAAGUAUCCGGCCUAUAACCCGCCACCUCCUGUCAUCCCCUUUGAGUUGGACAACAAUUCUAUUCUGCCACCGUUACCACAACAUCCAAGCAGGAUAGGCUCCUCUAGCAGUCUCUUUUCCGGUGUCGGUCCAUCGACCGCAGGUGGAAACGGAUCCAUCCUGCACCAAUCUGUUCAUAUCGCUACGCCCGCCCCAUCCCCUCCACCUUCUCCUGCUGGCCCGGGAGGAAAGGGGGCGAAGAAGCAGAACUACCAAACGAACCAGAAUUUUCCAUUCAUGUAUCCUCCUCUGGAUGACACUAGUAACAAUAUUGGUGGAAAAGGCACAAGUGAUUUGCAGGAUCAAUUGGUGGGUAAAAGAUGGGAAGGGAGCGAUGUGCCCGCCUCAAUCAUUGAAGCUGGAAAGCUCUUCUCCAGUCACGUGAAAAUGACGAGAGCAAUGAAACAGCUUUGGGAAGAGCGAGAGCGUUUCAUGACAUACGAUCGUGGUUGGAACGCAGACGAUUCUGCCGGAUUGCCUGAUCCUCAGUUAGAAGACGAACCGGAUGAAUUCUCGCUGGACCCCCAGGAGAAAAAAGAGAAGGCUACUUCACCUGUUCAGCAAUACGUGAGAGAAACGGAUGAUGAGGACGUGCAGAGGCGGCUUGACGCUGUCGAAACGUUCUACAAGCAAGCCAUGCCCCACUUGCAGUCUGUUGUCAUAGUUUUCUUAAAGGUCAUUUUGACGAAUGUCAGUGCCAUGGUGAACCAAGCCAAUGGCCAGAACGCCAAUGGCUACAGGUUCCCGUCCGGACAGAAUGGUCUAUCGUCAGAGCUUGACUCUGACGCUGCAAUCGAAGAACUCGACAACAUUAGACUACGUGAGAUCACUGGAAAGGGUGUCUCUGGAUCUCUUUUGUUGAUGCUGAAGUGGUUCAAAAGAUCUCACAUUCUGAAAUUCGAGUACAUGACGCAGUUACUGCUCGAUUCAAACUAUCUACCUCUCAUACUGAAGAUGUUUGCUCAUCAGGAUGUGGACCAGGCUGUUGCGCAGCCAAACGACCGAGAAGACCUGAGCUUCUUCCACUUCUGCCAUGUCCACUCGGAUCAGCCACCGGAGCAUCCGCCGUCUUCGGAUGCUGAGUCUUCUCACAGUGAAGAUGAAGCCGUGCCUCCUCCUAUUCGCCGCCAACCUGUCUUACAGAGCUUCCAAGGCAGCUCUUCCGUGCGUGGCCCAUCUCCGGAGAAGUUUUCUGAGGUUCCAGAGGGUCCUACGCGACCCGAAGUUGACGAACUCGGCUAUCCGACGGCACCCCUUCCGAAGGAGCCCAUCACGACAUACUCGUUCCGUAACUUCUUUUCUUCCAUAAACUAUCUACAUAUCAUGCAAAAGAUCACGAGAGAUAAGGCGCACAGGUGCCUACUACUUGUCCAGUACAAAUCCAGCACGAUUCUCCGCAAAGGGCUAAAGAUCCCAGACCCCCAUCUUCGCCUUUAUACCCUCAAGCUUUUCAAGUCACAGGUCCCAUACUGUGGCAGGAAAUGGCGCCAGAGCAAUAUGCGCGUCAUCACUGCCAUUUAUCUCUACUGUCGCCCGGAUCUACGAGAUGACUGGCUGGCAGGCUCUGAUAUUGAUGCAGAGGUCGAGGAUGCGCUACCCCUCGAACAAGCCUUGCGUGGUCUUACGCAUUGGUGGCAUCUGCGACGAUAUAAGGAUGUUAUGGGUGGCGAUGAGGGCGCAUCUAUUAUGGAUGAGGAAAGAGACUUCUUCGUCCGCGAGCUGGAAGCAAUGGGAUGGGGCCUUAUGGGAGACGAGAUGCUCAACAGUAUGACAGAUGAAGGAAGCAUGCCUGGUCCUGGGAUCAACGGGACAGAAUGGGAUGGAGUUCCGUUACAAAUGGAAAGCUGGUAA